GACAUGCGAGAGAAGAGGUCAAUGUUUGUGUGCAGCUUCCAAAUUCCUGCCAGUUCGCAGCUUGCUCUCUGUCUGACUGGUGAGUGGAGUAAGGAAAGCUGCAGUGACACGUGUAAUGCUCUUCUGCCCUUUUUCAGCAGGCUGCAGAAACCGGGUGGUGCCAUGGUGACUGAAGUUUGGAAAGUUUUGAUCAGGCAAGGUGAAGGCAGCUUUUGGGGUCCAGUCAGUCUGGAGCGGCAGAUGGCGUGCCAGUCCAGAAGGAUGGGGAGCAGCUGUCUAUGGAAGACACCACAUCAAUCCUUCCUCGGCUCAAGAGGAACUCAAACGCCUAUGGCAUCGGGGCUCUGGCUAAGUCUUCUCUGUCAGGUGUGUCAGGGGUGACACGCACCAUGAAGGAGAGAGUGACCAAGCCCACAGCCAUGGCUCAGGGUCGUGUCGCUCACAUGAUCGAAUGGCAAAACUGGGGUAUGCAGACAGUUGGGGCAGGGGGCAUCCCCCAGUCCCGCAUCACUACACAGGAGCGAGAAAAGGAGCGGCGGCUGGAGAACGACGCCUACAGUGACCUCAGUGACGGGGAGAAGGAGGCCCGAUUUGCUGCAGGCAUCCUUCAGCAGUUUGCAAUCUCAGAGGCAACACUCCUGGCCUGGUCAUCGAUGGAUGGAGAGAGCCCGCGGUCGGGCUCAAACCAGGGCAGUGUGGCUCAUCUGAGCGAGGUCAACCAGGAGAGCAUCACCAGUCGAGAUCAGAUAUUGCACCACUCCUCAGCAGAGGUGUGGCCUCACACAUACGUCUCCCAGGGCCACUACUGUCUCUCCUCCUCUGAUGCCUGGGAGCCGAUCAACAACGAUCCCUCCGGUGUGGCGUCUCCCCCUGCUGGCUCCUACGUUAUGGGGACUGAUGGGUACGAUGCGCAGGCUCACUUCCUGUCGCAGCAACAGCAGCAGCAGUACACUCUCCAGCAGCAGAGUCAACUACAACAGCUGCAGCAGAUCCAACAGAUCCAGCACUACCAGCAACAGCAGCUCCUGCAGUAUCAGCAACAACAGUCGCUGGAGCACCGGCUGCACAGUGCCAACCACUCUUUGCAAGCGACGCCCAACAGCACCAUCCACAGUCUGGUCCAUCACGCUCACCCACCAUUGGUCGAUCUGUGGAACACGGGGCAGAUGGAGGCCUAUCAGACGGAGGCUGGAGGCUACAUGGGUGUGUCGGCGGUGGUGGAGCCGAGCCUCUGUGUCCCCUCUGGAGACGAGAUGGUGGGAACAGAACACUCCCCGCUGCUGGAGCAGCAGGAGGAGGAGGAGGAGGUCAAGGAGGAACAGAUGACACUGUGCAUGGAGCCAGAGUUGACCACGUUGACUCCGCCCACGCAACAAGGGGAUGCCUCAGGUGGCAGUAGUCCGGGGCAACCGCCGGCAGAGCCAAUCACGGAGCGGAAGGCCUCCGAUGUCACCUCCGGCUUUGUUCAGACACUAGAGGAGAGGGAUGAGGAGGGGCCAUCCGCUUCCAUGGCAACCAACUGAGUUCCUGGCUGUCAAGAGACUCCUUAUUACAAACUGACUGGAGGAGUCAGCGAGGAAUGAGCGUAACAAUACAAUAUAUAUCUAUUAAUCUGUUCCUUUUCAGGUAUCAAAAACACAACUUUUUGGUUGCGAGAUGAGUUCUUCAAAAUGGGGGAGAAACAGAUCUGGAAGUGGACUCAAAAUGAGACAAGAGCUGACACAACAAAGGACACCUAUUUCUUUGUAAGCCUUACAACCCAAAGGUAACUGAAGAGAGGAGCGAGGACGGAGAAACUGAAGAGGAGGAGGAGGAGGAGCAACAACUGACCGAGACAUUUGACCAAGUUGAGAUGAAGAGGAGGGGAACGGAAACAUGCAUGCUUUUUAUGAAGACAAGCAAGUCGACCCUGUCAUCGUCUUAUAAUAAUAAUGAAAAUCUAUCAUAAUAAAACAUUAUAAUAAGAAUAAUUUUGUAAUAAAGCAAACAAAAAAAGAACAAGACAAAAAUCUAUGUAUAGGUGUAUGAUAAGAUAUAACAGUUUUCCUACGGGAGAACUACUCUGUUUACAGCUGUUACUCAACAUAUUAGUGUUUAAUCAAAUUAAUUUCCCUGUUGCAUCGACCACACACAGUUAAUAACGGCAACCCACACAAUUUCGCCUGUAAUUAUAUUAAAGUAGGCUCAGAAAAUGUCUGCAUUUCAGUGAAAUGCAAACUAACCCUCGAAAAUAAAUCCUUCUAUGAUGUUGUGGCACCAGGAUGCCCGAGGCACAACCCAGGGACAGGCCUCUCCUGCUGACCGCACACACUAAACUCUGCACAGAUAAGGAUUGUACUGUAAGAUAGUGUGCUUCCUACUCUGUCUCUCUGUAUGCAUGUUUCUUCAGAGCACUAUGGAGUACCUGUACUAUACAGCACUGUAUAGACUUUGCACUGAACCAUAGUGACCAGGUGGGGGACACAGUGGCGCCCGCGGUGGGGCGUGAGUGGCGAGUUUCACGACUGAGAAAUAAAGUCAGAGCUGCAUAAGCGAAUCUCUUUUGCACUGAUGCAAUCCAACAGAUCAGAGGUUGCCUUUCGGACAGUUGAUGUUAAACCCAGUUCCCACUCUGAAAGCUUUCAGCACCAAAACCGAGCCACUUAACAACACGAACCCUCAGCUGCUUUUUUUUCCGUUCCCAUAGACGUAGUCAUGAUAAAUUGAGGAUGAUAACCACUAUUUGAAUGUACUGGAAGACAUAUGACAGUACAUGAUGUCUCCUCUCAGUCCACACAGGAUGAAAUCAAAGAAACAAAGAUAAACACACGAGUCUUUCAAACAUGUGAGUGGGAGCUGUUGAAAAGGGGUUCAUUGCUUGCUCACCUAGACUACCACUGCACACACACACACACACACACACACACACACAAAUAUCUAAAUUGUAACCAGCAAUAGGCAGGCAAAACACUGGCUUCCCAACAGACCAGUGUCAGCUCUGUCGUAUAGAUGUAAAUAGUCUGAGUAUAUAUAUUAAAAAAAAAAAUUGCCUCUCACUCACAGUCACAACUGUUCUAGUACAGUAUGAUUUCUUUAUUUUUUUACACCUCUCAGUCCCACUUUAUUUUGGGAUUGCUCUCAAGCUCACACUUAAGGCCUGAGUUUUGUUUUUCCUUGUGCGUACCACUAACACAAAGACAAAUGAAACGGAGGAAACGUUUGUGUUGUAAAUAGAUCCCAUCACUCAAACUGGAGUGAGUUUUAUCCGGUGAGUCCAUCAGUUGUGGGAAACAAAGAACAGUAGUAGUAAGUCUGAGUUCAUGGAGGGGGGAUUACAACCCUGUGUGGCGCUCAAUCACCCAAUCAGGGAAUAGGACAGAAGACUAGGACUGAACACUAGAGCCGAAUAGAUCGGUGUCUUCCUGCUUAUCGUGAUUACUGUGAAGCAGCUGCCUGGAGUGUGAUAGUGAUUAUUAAUGAUGUUUGAGGAAGCAUGUUUUCAUUUCUUUUUUCUUUUCCUUUCUUUCGCCUGAGGAAGGACGGGUGUUUCUCCAGUGAGGAUUGACGUUAAAAGUGAAGAACGUGGACUCACUGGCAAACUUUACACAACAUCACACAACCACCAUUUUCAUCUUGUCUCUGUCGGAGGAGCACCUUCUCCUCUCACUUUGAUGAUUGUGUGAGAAACUUUCAAGAUAAAGAAAAACCAACAAAAAAAACAAAAACAUACAAACAAACAGUUUAUUGACUUGAAUGAAUUUAUUUAUUGAUUGCUUCUUUAUGCAAUGUUGGGGACAAUGUUUAUUUUUCUACUGACUUAUUGAAAUCCCUUCCAGUAUAAGUUAGAAUAGGUGUCAUGGUUGUAAAGCAAUCUCGUUUCAGUCUGGUUUUGAGCACUUUACGCUGAGGAAAAACACACCCCGUCACCUUGUUAGAGACUUAGAGAUGGAUAGUUUGGCAGCUUUCACGUAUAACAGAUCUAUCAUCGUUUGAUUUCAUUUCAAGGACCCCCGUUUAGUGACUCAUAAAAACAAGAGGGCUCAAAACUGCAAACAGAAUGUCUUUACACAAUGGCACAUAUUCAUUUAUUUAUUGAACAAUUACUCGGUGGGGAGGAAUAACGUGACAGCUUGUACAGAGUCUAUACUUUCAUGUAGGUACCAACCCGUCUGGGAGCAGUAUCUUUUUCUUUAUGAGUCACUCGGCUUUGAAAAGGCGCGAGGAAGGAAUUGCUUUAUAUUGAUUGAUGGAAACAACUGCAAAGCUAAUUUAGCUAAAAAGAGAUGAUAGUUCAUGAGGAACUAGAAGGAAGGAUGAAAAGAAACUGCUUCAAUUUGGGUUCUUUUAUUGCUUUUCUUCUCCUUCUUCUUCUUCUUUCUUUUGUUUAACAAAAUCUCAAUGAAUGAAUAAACUAAUAACAAGAAGCCAAAUAUAUUUCUGUGGAUGUUAAGGUUUACUGAUCACAUCUUUGUUAACCGACUGGUUUGCAAUUGAGUUCCUCUUUUUGUAUAAUUCUACUGCCAUCUUCCAAGAGUUACAGUAACUUGUCUGCAGGCAUGACGCUCAAAAUCUGCUUCUGGUCCUCUGCCUUUCUCCUUCUCUCUCUCUCUCUCUCUUUCUUUCUCUCUGUCUCUCUCUCUCACUUUCUAUCUGUUCUGUAUAUUUGUGUCCGUCUGUAUGUUCGUCUAUCAGUGUACAGUAAGUUGUCUGCUGUCUUGUUGGAAGAAUCACUGCCUGAAAAAAAAAAAAAGUUUCCAUGUCAGCCAAAGGGGAUUUAUUUGAGGCAAUCAGACAUGUAACAUAGAUAUAAUUUGGAAAUGUGUGGCAAAAAAAAAAAAGCAACCGCUGUAAAAAAAAAAAAAAAAAAAUGCU